AUGUCCUCAUCUCGCGAGGCAGCAGCGGCCGCGGCGGCUGCGACGCCAGCAACCGGCGCGCAGUCCGAGAUGCCAGCCGCGAAGCAGCAGCAACAGCAAAUGCCGAAGCUGGGCCCUAUCACGCACUUCCGGCUGUACAUCUCGGAGCCGGUGACGGCUGCGUUCUGCGCGGGCGGCGUGGCGGGUGCGGUGUCGCGCACCGUGGUGUCGCCAUUGGAGCGGCUCAAGAUCCUGCUGCAGGUGCAGAGCGCGGGGCGCGACGCAUACCGGCUCAGCGUCGGCAAGGCACUGGCUAAGAUGUGGAGAGAGGAAGGGUGGAGAGGGUUUAUGAGGGGGAAUGGCGUCAAUUGUAUUCGCAUUGUGCCGUAUAGUGCCGUGCAGUUUGGGAGUUAUAAUUUUUAUAAGAGACACUUCUUUGAGCGGUACCCCGGCGACACCCUCACGCCUCUCUCACGCCUGGUCUGCGGUGGCAUUGCGGGCAUUACCUCAGUCGUCACGACCUACCCACUGGAUAUUGUCCGCACGCGCUUGUCGAUCCAGUCGGCAUCGUUCGCCGAGCUGCAGCACAACCGUCCGCAGAAGCUGCCCGGCAUGUGGGGGAACAUGGUCCUGAUGUACAAGAACGAGGGUGGCCUGCCCGCGCUGUACAGAGGGCUUAUCCCCACUGUUAUGGGCGUCGCGCCAUAUGUCGGCCUCAAUUUCAUGGUCUACGAGUUCCUCCGCGGUUACUUCACCAAAGAGGGCGAGCAGAACCCGUCGUCGGUGCGCAAGCUUGUCGCGGGCGCUAUUUCGGGCGCCGUGGCGCAGACGUGCACAUAUCCUUUUGACGUCCUGCGCCGCCGCUUCCAGGUCAACACCAUGGACGGUCUGGGCUACCAGUACAAAUCACUCGCCGACGCUGUGCGUGUCAUUGUCCGCACUGAGGGCUUUGUCGGUUUCUACAAGGGUGUCAUCCCGAACACGCUCAAAGUCGCGCCCAGUAUGGCGGCCAGCUGGCUCAGUUAUGAGGUUUCGCGCGAUUUCUUGCUUGGCCUGAGGCCUGCUGAGAAGCUACUUCAGUGA